GCUGACAAUAACAUAUAUACAGAGAUUUAGAUAGGCGCCAAGUAUGCAACUGUGAAUUAAAGAAGCUCAUCUAAGUCUUUUAAAUUAAGUCAGCAGCGAAGACUCAUCCUAUUUUACAUGUAGGAAAUGCGACAUAUGUGGCAAAUUUAAGCAAUUCCAAAAAGGUUAUAGUUAAGCGUGUGUAUAAUUUAUUUGAGCCUAUACUGCGGAGUCAUAGUUACCGAUAAAUGAGGAGGCCGAAAGAGUUUUACUCGUUGGAUGUUACUGCAUGUCGAACGCCAUUAUAGUGUCCUUAAGGUUUUCAAUUCAUUCUAACAUCCAAAAGUAUUUCUCUUAUGCUCUGAAAUUUCACUUCUCAACUUCAACUGAAAACCUUCUAUCCCACCACCCUUCUCAUGGAGAAAAUAUCAAACACCAACGGCUCAUUCAGUUACUUCAAGAACCACAUGGGGUUCAAUCCCUCGACGCAACCAAGGCCCUUCACGCACUUACUAUCACAACGGGGCCAGACCCAACUCAACCCUUUUUGGCCCAUAAUUGUAUUAUGUCUAAGUAUUCUGCGUUCGGGGAUAUACGCACGGCACACGAAGUGUUUGAUUAUAUGACCAAGAGAAAUGUUGUGUCUUACAAUACAAUGAUUAGUGCUUAUAGUCGGAAUGGAAAUUUAUUUGAGGCUUGGAGGUUGUUUUCUGAGAUGAGGAGUUGUGGAUAUGAACCAACUCAGUUUACAUUUGGUGGGCUUUUGGGUUGUGAGUCUUUGGAUAUUAUUCUUGGAUUUCAAUUGUAUGCUUUGGCUGAAAAAUUGGGCCUGUUUCACAUUGAUGCUUUCACAGGGACUGCAUUAUUGGGUUUACUUGGAAGGCAAGGAUACUUAGAUGAAGCUAUGCAGAUUUUUGAUGAAAUGCCUAAAAAGAACUUGGUGACUCUGAAUUGUAUGAUAUCUUUGCUUGGACAGUAUGAAUGUGUUGAAGAAGCCGUGGUUAUUUUCAGGAAGUUAAUAAGGAGUGAACUGGCUCCUUCUGAGAGCACUUUCUUGGGCCUAUUGUCCGGUUUUGUUGGGGAACUUGAUUUAAUAUUAGGGGAACAAGUACAUGGGUUGGUAGUGAAAAGUGGAUUAGUUUUUGCAGUAUCAGUGAGUAAUUCAUUGAUUAACAUGUAUGCAAAAUGCUCUGGCAUCGAUAGGACAGAGAAAAUGUUUGAGGAUGUUUCUGUUAAGGAUGUUGUAUCGUGGAAUACAAUAGUUGGUGCAAUUGCUAAGAGUGAGAGAGCGGAUAAAGCACUGGUUGUUUUCAGGAAAAUGUGUGCAAGUGGUGUCUUGCCUAAUGAUAUGACACAUGUGAGUGUCCUAAACUGCUGCACUAGCCAGCAGUAUCGAUUGCUUGGGGAGUCCAUCCAUGCGAAAGUAAUCCAGAGAAAGUUUGAAUCUGAUGUAUAUGUCGGUAGUGCUUUACUCGACUUUUAUGUUAAAUGUGAUAAAUUGGAUGAUGCUCAUUUUUGCUUUGAUGAAAUAUCCGAGAAGAACGUGGUUUCUUGGAACACCUUGAUGCUGGGUUACUCGAGUAAAAGCUCUUCUCCUGCUAUUUUGCUGCUUCAACAAAUGAUUCACUCAGGUUAUCGUCCUACUGAGUUUUCAUUUUCUAUUGCUGUGAAAUCAUGUGCACUAUUUGAGGUGCUUCUGCUCCAUUCCUUAUCAAUAAAAAUGGGUUACAUUGAUAAUGCUUACGUCUCUAGCAGUCUCAUUUCUUCAUAUGCAAAAAAUAGUUCAGUUGAUGAUGCCCUAAGGUUUGUCACUACCUAUGAUAUGCCACUUCCUGCUGUCGAGGCCAAUAUGAUCGCAAACAUUUAUAACAGAUGUGGGCAAUUUGAUAAGACUCAAGAGUUGUUUUCUGACCUUGAAAACCCGGAUACUAUAUCUUGGAAUAUUUUGAUUGCAGCCUGUUCUCGAAAUGGUGAUUACGAAGAAGUUUUUGAACUUCUUGGACACAUGCGGAUAGCUAGGAUCUCUCCCGAUAAUUACACGUAUGUUAGCCUCUUUAGUGUGUGCACCAAGCUUUGUAACCUCGGUCUAGGUAGCUCCCUUCAUGGCCUCAUUGUAAAGACUGAUUUUAAGCGUUGUGACACAUUUGUCCGCAAUAUCAUGAUUGAUAUGUAUGGAAAAUGUGGGAGUCUUGCAAGUUCGAUCAAGAUCUUCAAUGAAAUGACGACUAGAAAUGUUAUCUCAUGGACAGCCAUUGUUUCAGCCCUUGGACUGCACGGUUAUGCAUACGAAGCAUCGGUGAAAUUCAAGGAGAUGGAUAUGACAGGGAUUAGACCUGAUAAGGUUGCUUUCAUAGCCGUUCUUUCAGCAUGUAGACACGUUGGGUUAGUGAAAGAGGGGAUGGAAUUGUUUGAGCAGAUGAAAGAGAAAUAUGGGGUAGAACCAGAGAUGGAUCACUAUCUUAUUGCAGUCGACUUGCUGGCUAGGUAUGGCUAUCUGAGAGAAGCCGAGCAGUUAAUCACUGGGAUGCCUUUCCCCCCAAAUGCUCUAAUAUGGCGCAUUUUUUUGGAAGGAUGCAAGAAGAAAAGAAGCAUAGACGACCCUUGCACUCUUGCUUCAUAAAAUAUUCUCAAGCCAAUGGAAUAUUCAUGAAGAGGGUGAUGCAGAGUACUGCUAUUGAAUUUAGGUAAUGAUCAUGUUGCUUGAUGAAGCUUACUUAAGUUUCUGAAAUCUGGAUGAUUAAUCGUUUUCCCAACAGCAUAUAAACAAACAGGAAACUGGUAUAGUUGGGUAAUGUUGAACGUUUUCGCUCUUGAUAAAAUGUUGUGUCCUCAACUCAAAGGACCAUUGAUAAAAUGUUGUGUCCUCCGCUGGCUACAAGGACCAUUGAUGAUCAAAGAAGAGUGGGGAAGAAACUGUGUCUUGUUAAGAAGUCUCCAACAAGUGAACAAUCGAGUCAAGGCUAUGGUAAUAUUAAUAGCUUCAAUUCAAUUGUGAAUCCAGUCAGAUAGACAAGCUUGCCUUAUCAGAAUAUGGUGUAAAUUAGGCCAUAACAUCAACAAACUAUAUUCAUUACUUGAUAUUGUGGAAGUGCAUUCUCUCGUCUUAUUCGAUCUUUUCUCUUCGAUUAUGGAGUUCA